CGGAUGUACGAGUCGAAGUAUCCAGAGGUGGAUAUGGCGGUGAUGAUCCAGGUGAAGAACAUCGCCGAUAUGGGAGCUUACGUUUCUCUGCUGGAGUACAACAACAUCGAAGGAAUGAUCCUCUUCUCUGAGCUCUCCCGUCGUCGGAUCCGAAGUGUGAGCAGUUUGAUUAAGGUCGGGAGAAUUGAGCCUGUCAUGGUCCUGCGUGUGGACAAAGAGAAAGGUUACAUUGAUCUGAGCAAACGUAGGGUUAGCGAGGAGGAUAUCUCAACUUGUGAAGAGAGGUACAACAAGAGCAAGCUUGUCCAUUCUAUCAUGCGCCAUGUUGCUGAGACUCUAUCUCUUGAUUUGGAG